AUGUCCCCCCAUACCAUCGACUUCCUUUCCCUCCCGCCCGAAAUCCGCAACGCCAUAUACGUCCUCGUCCUACUCUCUACAGAGCGCCUCAUCCCCGACCGCUCCAGGACGCAAUUCCCCGCCUGGCCCUUCUAUCACCGCGAGGCCCCAGCACGCCCUCCACGCGCCUCCCGGCUGGCGCUCCUGGUGACGUGCCGCACCAUUCACGCCGAGGCGUCGCCCCUCUUCUACGGCAACGUCAUCUUUGAGCUCGUCGACCCGCGCUCGCCGCGCUGGACGCUCCCGUGGCUGCGCACCAUCGGCGCCAACGCGGCCGCCGUGCGGUUCCUGGCCGUGCUGGAGCUGCGGCGGACAACGGCGGCCGACGGCGCUGCGGUGGUGGACGACGGGCUGCUGGGCGGGCUGCUGGGUGGGCUGCGGGGGCGGUGGCCGCGGCUGCGCGUCGUGCGGCUGCUGGGCCUGCCGCCGGGGCAGGAGGAGAUGCUGCGGGUGGUAAGUCGACGCGUGGGGUGCAGGGUGCAGGCGGCGAGCUGGAGGGAUGGCGUGCUAGAGGUCGAGCUCGAGGUUGAGCAUGACGGGGAGGAGGAGGAGGAGGAGGAGCCCAAGCGAUGGGUUCACGAUGUUGUCAUCAGACACCUGUUGAGGCCGAUCAGGCCGUUUUGAUCAUGUCCAUUAUACCCGUCGUAAAUCAUACACAUGUCCCAUGCAGCCGGCGUCGAUAUAGUAGCA